AGUGUGCGCCUCUGGUGGCAGGGAUUUUCGGAAUGCCAUGCCAUAAAUAACCACAAUAAAUUAUUAUCAAUCCUCUCGAGUUUUGAACAAUGGUGUUCAAGUGUCAGGAGGACAGUUUCCUGCGAGAAUUCUCUUCUCGAGUGCUUCAUUGCGAGGAGGCUGAGCUGCCGGCACCGUCCGGAAAGGGCGCCAACUUGCGGGGCUACAGUGUAGUGUGUGAGGACACCAUCCUCUUCCCGGAAGGUGGUGGGCAGCCGUGUGAUUUUGGCUAUUUGGCCGGAAAACGUGUCCUCAAUGUCGUCCGGAAAGGAGACACGGCAAUUCACUUUGUGGAGUCCGCCGAACCGCUGAAUCCCGGCCAGGAAGUGCGCCAAGAAAUCGAUUGGGAACGCAGGAAGGAUCACAUGCAGCAGCACUCCGGCCAGCACCUCGUCACGGCGCUCUUCGAGAGGGAGUACAACAUGGAGACGAAGGCUUGGUGGCUGGGAAGUGACACCACGUACAUCGAACUAGGGGCCAAGGAUGUUUCUCAGGAGCAACUGGAUUGCGUUGAGCGCAUGGCGAAUAAUUUAAUAGCGUCCGCGAAGAAUGUCUCCGUUUCUGUGUUCAAGAGUGUGGACAAUCUCUCAGAUGAAGUCACGAGGGCGACUCGUGGACUGCCGAAAGAUCAUGUGGGGCCCAUUCGCGUGGUCACUAUUGAAGACGUCGAGGGGAAUAUGUGCUGUGGGACUCACGUGACUAAUCUGUCCCAGCUUCAAGUCAUCAAGAUGCUAAAUGUGGAGAAGACGAAGAACAAACUCCUGGUGCACUUUCUCGUCGGCGACAGAGUCGUCAAGAAACUAGCCACGAGCUUCAAGCGGGAACUCGAGAUGAAUAUCGUACUUAAUGGAGGUCCGUCUUCUCAUCUGGAAUUACUGGGAAAAUUGCAGACAAAUUUGAAAAAGUACCAGAGACAGGUGAAAUCCCUGCUUAAAGACAUCGCUAUCAAUGAGGGAGAGAAGCUCAAGAGCGCCUCGCUGAAACCCAAGUAUUUCUUCAUCCACCGCACUGACGGGAGUGACGCAGAGUUUCUCACAAACUUCCUCAGAGCAGCUGGUGAUCUGCCCGAUACAUUUGUCUUUGCCACGUCAGUUGACGACUCGUCCAAUGGCCAGAUGAUUCUCCAAGGCAAUCCCGAAGUCAUCGGCAAGCUCGGCGGAGAAGUCUGUGAACUCCUCGGCGGCAAGGGAAAUGGCAAAGGCAGCACUUACCGAGCAAAGAUCACAAAUACCAAGAAUAUCAAGAAAGCAGAAGCCUUAAUUGUCCAGCACUUUGGGGAAAUUGAGCAGUAA